AUUUUGUCCCUUUUAGAGAAAAAGGCAUUCUCAGAUCCAGAAGAAUAAUGAAAUAAUGACGUAUGGGCAUUUGGCAUUUCCUUGCUGGGCAAAAAAAUCGGGGGACAUUGUAAAAUGCCAAAGCGGCAAACGUCCUUUUUUUUUACUUUUUUUUGAAUUUGAAAUCCAGAAUACCAACCUUUCAUUCCGUGUCCGUGUCCUCGUCUCAGUCACUCGCCAUCUUAUAUGGAACAGCGAUAUACCAAAAAAGUAUGCUGAUCUACGGCGGACGAAACGUUUGCAAGAUCAGGUCAUUGCAGAUUACGAAUCACAACUUGAAGAAAAAGAUGAGCUCAUUGCUCGCUUAAGCAAAUCCAUAGCGCUUCACCUUGGCCGACACGCGUUGAAGGAAAUUUUAUCGAGCCAACCACCCGUGACUCCUCCCACCGUUGAUCUCACUGAUAGAAAUCAUACCCCUAAACCAUUACAAACCAUCAGUAAUCUAUCUCAACCACGCCGUUCACAAAGCACACCGUCGUCGCUGUCAUUAAUCGAUUCAACCAAGGGAAAACUGACGGUAGCAACAUCGGCUGCUGAACCAUCCACGGACCGUCUUCCUGAGAAAUACCCUAACGUUAUCCAGCUCUCGCCAGUUUCACCCCAUCGGAAUCAAAGUGAAAGCGGCUCUACCCAUUACCCUUAUGUUGAUGUUGUACGUAACCGACAGGAACGGUCGAGAUUGCACGGAUCCACAUGUAGCUGUUGUGCCAAAUUUUAUGAAGCGGUAGGAACAUUACCAGGACAUGAUGCGUCCAGAUCAGAGUAUACGGCUGCCGAUCGAAUACAAUUGUUUUCAAGGCACAGAGACCGGUUUAAACGGCCUAGAACCCCGCCAGGUUUUUGGCAAUUGGAUUUUCCUUCCUCACAAGAAGAUGACGCUGAGGAUAAUCGGAAUGUUAAGCGCUCCUCCAUCGACCGAUAACAAACAAACCAAAAAAAAAAAGUUCUCAUUUUUCUUAUCUAUCAUUUCAACCAAACCGUAAACCUCAUAAUUUUUUGGUUUCCCUCUCUAAUCAUGAUCCAUCUUAGUUCUCAUUUCAAUGAAAAAAAAAGGUCGCAUUUCUGCUUAUGUAUAAACAAGUAAAUAAAAAAGAAAAAGAAAAAUAGAAAGGCCAAAAUCUGGAACGCACAGACACUUUUGGGCCU